AUGAAAGUCACUUCCAUUUUCGUCUACGGCGUGGUGCUGGGGUUUGCGUACGCCAGCCCUGUCUAUCAGCGCGAUGGUGUCACUGAUGCCGAUAUCCUCAACUAUGCUCUGACUCUUGAGCAUCUCGAGGCUGUAUUCUACGAGGAAGGCCUGAAGAAUUACACGCAGGCCGACUUUGUGAAUGCUGGAAUGAAGGAUCCCUUUUACGCUAACCUGAAAAUGGUUGGCACAGAUGAACAGACUCACGAGCAGUUUCUGACUCAAGCCCUGACAGGUGUCGGUGUCAGCGCCUACCUUGGAGCCGCUGCUUCUAUUAUGAAUGAUACCUACCUUACCGCGGCUGGAAGCAUUCUGACCGUCGAGGCGCGUCAUAGUGCCUAUCUACGUGCCGCGCUGGGGGAGGCCCCCUCCGCUCAAGCCUUUGAUGACCCUCUUGACUUAAACGAGGUUUAUACAGUCGCAUCACCCUUCAUUGUCUCCUGUCCGUCUAGCAACCAACAGCUUCCUGUGAAGGCCUUCCCUUCCCUCGCACUAAAUUCGACGGCCCCCGCAAUGUCUGGUUCAUCGGUUCAGCUGAUGACUGGCUCCAACUUCAAAAUAGGAAAUCUCACAGAUAUCUACGCAGCUUUCAUCACAGUAACAGGCCUUGUUUGGACCCCCGUUACCUCUAAUAGCCAGGGAAAUUUCACUGUCACUAUUCCCAAGGACAUUUCUGGCCAGAGCUACGUAGUCCUCACUCAGGGCAACAGUCAGGCCACAGAUGACAACAUUGUUGCUGGCCCCGCUAUCAUCGAGGUUGCUACCUCCGUGUCCGGCAUGACUACGCCAACAGUUUCUUCCAGUGUAGGAUCAGGAAUGAAAUCGGCUUCUGGCUCGGCGUCAGGCUCGAGCUCCACGACCUUUAAUUCUAUAACUGUAACUGGAUCAGCUACUGCAUCUCCCACCCCCAACGGAGCAACCGAACUAGUCUUUAAAAGUCUCACUGCUGUCACCGUCAGUCUCAUAGUUCCGCUUGGUCUUCCUUCUGCCAUCGACGAGUUAGAGCUGAUGCACCAGUUCUCCACGGAGACCUACCAAAGCCUCUGUGUCAGUAAUUCUGAGACACAGACCUGGCAGAUCCUCAUUCCACGUCUUGCCCUUCAACAUCGAUUUCUCAUGAACAGCAUCCUGGCCCUGGCCUCAUUACAUAUCGCAACAAUACGCGAGUCGUCAGAUAGGAGAGCAUAUAUAGACGCCGGACUUGAAUAUCACAGCGUGAGCUUAAAGCCAUUCCGCACUCUGAUAGAUAAUAUCACGCCAGAAAAUUGCGAUGCCGCAAUUGCCCAGGCCAUCGUCACAACAGCUAUCAGUCUUACACUCCCUCAGCUAACCACGGGCCGCGAGAAUAUAUUUCGCAUUCAAAACAUUCUUACGGUCUUUGAACUUCUUCAAGGUGUUAAAAAGAUUUUCACCCUCAGUCAACCAUGGAUAAACCUGGAGCUUUUUUCCCAGGGAACUUUUUGGAAGGAUGAAUUAGGCAGCUUGGAAAUAGACACCGACGCUGCCCUGAAACACCUCGUCAUGCUGAACGAACAAGGAACCAUCAAUUCGAGCUCAAUUCAUCUUCGGGUUAAAAAAGACGUAAUAAGCCAUUUGCGGUACUGUUUUAUGAAGUUCUCGUGCUCCCCCGACCCGGCUCCAGUGCUCGCUUGGCUAGCAGCCGUCGAUAAGGAUUUCAUUGAUAAUAUACGCCGGCGAGAGCCAUUCUCACUCUUGAUUCUUGCUCACUGGGGAAUCCUUCUUAAGGAGCUCAAUGCGGAGCGGUGGUGGUGGGCUCGAGAUUCUGGAAGGGAGUUGGUAACCGAAUUGAUGGAAAGACUGCACUCUGAAGAUCCUCUAUGGCAGGGAUGUCUAGGAUGGGUGAAAAGGCAAAUGUAUACAAAACAUAAAGAUCCACCUAUUCAUCCCCUUACGGUAAUAGCCGAGUAA